AUGCACUGCUUCCUUCUGAUCCUAUCCCCACCCGCAUACAUCACGCUCUUAGCGGCUCUACAUGCACAAAUUCUAUUGCUCUUCUCUUCCCUUCUCUUUCGCAGCCGGCGGCAUUCGCAAGAUCGCUAUCAUCACUGUCGCUUCACACCGUUCCCGAAGCCGUCUGCUCAAACUGUGUCCAGAUGCCAUCGAACUUCGAAGGCCACCGUUUCGAAAGACUUUGAAAAAUCCAAGCUCAUUGAAAUUUAUGUAAUUUUGCAUUUCCAUAUUCACUGUGUGUUCGCUUGGUUGAGAGGCAGUGAUCCGCGCCUGCAGCCACGCCCUUCACACCCACUCAAAUCGCACUUACUCCAUGCCUUACUGUUCUAUCUGCGUUUCAUAGAGACCUCAACACUCAACGACAGCAUCCCAAAGCCGAAUUGCAUCUCCCGUUGA